UCUUCAUUUCUUUAAACCCUAGUUUUCUUCCUUUUCCUGCGCCGAAUUCUCCCCAGUUCUUGGAGGUAAUUGGAUAUUUGAUUGUAUCGAAGAUGGACAUCGAUGGAGAUGUUGAAGAUGUUUUACGAAGAGUUCAAGUGCGGUUUUUUACGAAGCUUCAGCCGCCGUUUAAAGCUCCAACGACGUCCAUUGCGCUUCCUUCUAACCUUACCAGAAUGGGGCUAUCUGCUGUGGUUAACAACCUUCUUCAAUCAGGAAAUGAUGAUUGGAAACCUGAACCAUUUGAUUUCCUUAUUGAUGGUGAGUUGGUGAGGAUGUCACUUGAAGACUUUCUUCUUGCAAAGGGCAUCUCAGCGGAGAAAACCCUAGAAAUUGAAUACAUAAAAGCUGUAGCUCCACGAAAGGAAGAAGAUCCUUCAUUACAUGAUGAUUGGGUCAGUGCAGUUGAUGGUUCAAACCGGUUCAUUUUGACAGGUUGCUAUGAUGGAUUAGGAAGGAUAUGGAAAGCUGCUGGAGUUUGUACACAUAUUUUGGAGGGGCACAAUGAUGCAAUUACAUCGGUUCGUGUCGUGAAGGCACAAGAUAAUGAGAAUGACACCAAUUUGGUUGUCGCCACUGGCUCAAAAGACAAGACUGUGAAACUCUGGAAGUUUGAUGCAGAGCCUUCAGCGGAGGACAUGAAAAUUAGAGCUUUUAGAACUCUUCGUGGGCAUACUGCUUCUGUGCAAAGUCUUGCAGCACAGCCUACUGGUGAUAUGGUAUGUUCUGGUUCUUGGGAUUGUAGAAUCAACUUGUGGCAGACAGAGUCUAAUGAUGGAGGAGAUAUUGUGUCAACGAAGAAAAGGAAAAAAGGCAACAAGGAAGAAGAAGCUCAAUCAGAGGGAGAGGCUGUAUCUACACUUGUUGGCCAUACACAAUGUGUAUCUUCGGUUGUUUGGCCUGAACAUGGAACCAUUUAUUCUGCAUCAUGGGAUCACUCGUUUAGAAGAUGGGACGUUGAGACAGGAAAAGAUACAUUAAACAUGUUUUGUGGGAAAGUGAUUAACUGCAUUGAUGUUGGAGGUGAAAGUUCUGCUCUCAUUGCUGGUGGCGGCUCUGAUCCCAUCCUUAGGAUCUGGGAUCCUCGUAAACCAGGAACUCUGGCUCCUAGCUUCCAAUUCUCAUCGCACACAUCCUGGAUAACGGCAUGCAAGUGGCACAGCCGGUCUUGGUUUCAUUUGCUUUCUGCAUCUUAUGAUGGGAAAGUGAUGCUAUGGGACUUGAGAACUGCGUGGCCAUUGGCUAUAAUUGACUCACAUGAGGACAAGGUACUAUGUGCUGAUUGGUGGAAAGGAGAUAGUGUGGUAAGCGGAGGAGCAGACUCAAAGCUACGGGUUUCUUCCGAAAUUUCUAUCCCAUAAUUACGAAGUGACGAAGGCAAAUGCAGGUUUUUGAAAGCGGGUUUGACAGUUUCUAUCCUUUAAUCAAAGUGAUUGAACGGAUUCUACGCUGGUUUCAUGCGGGUUAGUAAGGAAGUUGUGAUGCAAUUUUUGUACCAUUUUCUUAUCAUAGAAUGCAUAAAAUCAAAACAUUGUAUCUUUCAACACUUUAUGAGAAAAUUUUGAUGUUUUCUAUUGUGAUGGAAGUAUUUUUGGGGGUAAUAUGGUCUUUUUGUAAUAUGACUAGAGCUUAUUUGCGAUCGGAAUCGUUGUGGCAAGGGUACUGUUUUUGAUU